AUGGCGGUCGCGGCGCGACCGUCGCGAUGGGACUUUCGCGCGCGAGUCUUCUUCGCGCUGUGCGCCGUGACGUGCGCGAGCGGGUGCGCGUGCGCGUGCGCGGCGCUCGCGCCGGGCGUCGUCAGACGACGCGCGGACGCGCUCUUCAGACUGUCGAUUUACGCGUCGACGAGCGCGUUCGCGUACAGGAUCGCGUACGGCGCGGCGACGAGCGUGAAGGCGAGAGAUUUUAAGGCGCUCGGCGCGCAUCUGUCGCGAAGCGCGCGCUCGAACGGGGGGCAAUACAUGAUUUACGGGUCGAUGGCGUUGGCGAGCGCGCGACGCGGCGGCGCCAACGCGCCGCAGUUGGCGCCUUUGAUCGUGCUGAGCGCGUAUCAGGUGCUGGCGAUCGGGCAUAAAGUGUGGGAGGACGCGGAUAGUAAAACGAUGUGGUGCAAGCUCGGGUUCGGACGCGUGUUCGACGCGGCGCAGCGAAAUAUGGAGCUGGCGCUCGCGAUUUGCGCGACGAUGGAGGUGUCGCUGAUGACGACGAUUCUUCUGGAUUUAGCGAGUCCUCAGCGACGUAGUUUUAGCCGAGUGAUCGCGUACGCGUUUUGGCUUCGAUCGAGGUAUCACUGUCACGAUAACACGGUGUUUCGCAUCAAGUUUACCGCGCACGAUACGGCGCACUACCACAGAGAGGUUUGGAAAAUGUUGGACGAGAAGGUGGCGUCCAAGGUGCCGGCGCUUCGAAAAGCCCUGUCGCCGUUCGCGACGUGGUUCGCCACGCCGUCGGCGUCGUAA